UUUGUUGCAGGCGUUCCUGCAGUGCGCUGCGAGUUGUGGAGACGCCUUCCUGUCACUGGGUGUAAGUGCAGCUCAGUGCUGCUCUGCUGCUCGGAUCAGUGAUGCUGGGCUCCAAAUGGACGCUCUUCACCUCCGGAGAGAGAAUCAGCUGAAGCUGGUUGGGAGCCAGUGAUGCUGCGCGUUUAGAUAUCAGCGUUCGAGGACCGUGUUAUAAGAUCCUGCGCGGGUUUUGUCUCAUUUUCCUUAGAACAAAAAAUGUUUCCUUCGUGCUAUUCCAAGCCCAAGAAUGGGUCUCAGUUUAAGAUGUCUUACACCAAAGUGAUAUUUGGGGUGUUGGUCGUCUAUGUGCUCCAUACGUGCUGGGCCAUUUAUGGCUUCGUGCACACAAAACCGUGUGACCCAGCAAAAGGAGAUGACUGCGUUACAUCUUACCUCAGCGGCAAACCUCGACUGCAGCUCAGCAUGUAUUCGAGCCUGGACCCCAGUGACGAGGCAGCACACAAACUCCUGCUCAGAGUGGACAAAUUCGAAAUUCAUUCCAAGCUUGAAAGGAAGGUCAGUGUGUCUUUGCCUGAAGUGACCCAUAAGAACGGGACCCUCCAUGCAGUGGUGUUUGUGCACAAGAGUGGAGUAUCUCCAUGGAAGGAUAGUAAGCACGUGCGACUUGUGGCUCGCCUCACUUCUCAAAUGCUUCCUGUUCCUCCUGUGGGCAGUGUCAGCUCUGCUAGAGACUCUCAGAAGGGGACAGGAGACCAAAGGCUUGUUUCAUACUGGAAAUCACGCAUUACUCUUAACAUGAUGACAGAGGACUUCACUUUUAAUAAUGCUGCAGUACCCAGUGACCUGCGGAGGUACAUGAAAAUAGUUGAAGAUGGGAAGAAGGAGAAAAAGAAAAUAUAUCUUCCCCUUUUACUCGUUGAUGAAAUGAGAAGCAGACUAAAGGAUCUAAUCAUAAACAGCACUACAAAAACCGUCUCACUCACUAUAUCAUACGAUACAAUAACUCUUCGGAAAUUCAGAAUAUGGAUCCACAUCCAAGCUGUGAUAUACUCACUCAAACAUUUUGGAUUUUCUGAGCAGAACCUUGAUGAAAUAAAAGCCAUGUUUGUUGAAACUGGCCUUCACAUUUUGGCUUUGUCCAUCCUGGUGCCUGCAUUCCAUCUCUCAUUUGAAGUGUUUGCUUUCAAAAAUGAUGUGAGUUUCUGGCGAGGGAAGAAAAGUUUAGCUGGCAUCUCCAGGCGAUCACUGAUCUGGAGGUGUUUCAGCACUGUUGUGAUAUUCCUCCAUCUGUUAGAAGAGCAAACCAGCUGGCUCACCCUCAUCCCCAUGGGAAUUGCAACUUUAAUUGAGCUUUGGAAAGUCAGCAGAGUCUUUGCAGUUCAGCCUAGUUUUAAAGAUGAUAGAGUAUAUGAGAUGGAGCGAGCAACAGAAGAACAUGAUUCCAAGGCAAUGAAAUUCCUGUCAUAUUUAUUGUAUCCGCUGUGCAUCAGUGGGGUCAUGUACUCAUUCUUAUAUCUCAAGAAUAAAAGCUGGUACUUUUGGAUCAUCAACAGUCUCGUCAGUGGAGUUUAUGCGUUUGGAUUCCUUUCUAUGGUUCCUCAAUUAUAUGUUAAUUACAAGUUAAAAUCAGUUGUCCAUCUUCCGAUGUCAGUAUUACUCUACAAGGGGUUGAACACAUUCAUAAGUGAUGUAUUUAGUGGGGUUAUAACUACUCCUGGCCCCCAUCAGUUGGCUUGUUUCAGAGAUGACGUUGUCUUCCUCAUCUACCUCUACCAGCGCAGGAUUUACCCUUUGAACAAAUCUCGAGGUCGGGACUAUGGGGCAUCAUACAGAAAGAAGCCUAAAGGAAAAGCACAUGAGGACUGAGUGCAUCAGAAGAGGCAUAGGAAGAGCUGAAGCAGCAUGCAUGCUAUUCUAAGGAGCUGCACACUCCUCGAGUGUGAAUAUGGAAGAUAUCUGAAAACCAUCUGUCCCAAUUACUCUUUUGACUGCUGGACCUGAAUCUUUCUGUAGUUUGCAGUCUACAGUCUACUAAAAGUUUGUUCUACAGCUCAAAAGCCCAUAGCUACUGAAAUCUUACUGCAGCUCCACUGCAUGAAAGUCUUCUAUUGAACAAAACUGGAGGUUAGCCUUACUUUACCUCCUUCAGCUUGCAGGGCAUUCUAAAACCCAACAGAAGAUACUUGUUCAUAUCUACAUUUAAGCCUAAUUAACCUGUGAAUUUCUCUAGACACCGUAAACAUAAGGUGUUGCCUGCUACACUACAGUGAUCCACACGAUGUACACAAUUAUUUGGCUAUUGUCAACACAAAAUGAAAAUGGCUUCUCAUAAAUCUAGCCAGGCUGCAUAAUAGUGCCAAAAUCAUGAAUCUGACCAACUAACCUACUUCAGUUCAAUAAAUGUAUAGUCUGCAGCCCACAGCAGUAUAAUAAUAAUAAUGUUUAUUCUCAUCUGUACAGUUGCAUGAGAAUUGAACUGCAAGAGGCUUUCAGUUUACAUCUCAAUGGACAGACACAGUCUUUGUCUGCAGUUAUCCCCUGUGACUUAAACCGCUCUAGUGUUUCUAACUGGAUUCGUCACUGAGGUAGAUGCCAAUGUAUGUACUGUACAGAAGUCUUGGGGCAAAUUGUAUUGUACCUUUACCUAUAAGGCUUUACCUAUAAUGUACUGUAUGAAAGUGUUUGAAAUGCCAGUUUACAUACCAUCUGAUCCAUUUCAAUUGAUCUGGUUUAUUUAAAUUCUCAGUAUUUCAACAGCAAAGAAAAAUCUAAUUUACACAAUGAUCCGCUUACCCUGAAUGAAUGAAGUCAAUCAGCCAAGGCAUCUUUGGUGUCCAGAUUUUGCUUCUGUAGUUUAAAACUGGAGCUGCAAGUCUAAUGUUGCUAUUGACUGGAAGUCAGUCACACAAUUUUUUUUUAAAUACUUCCUCAAAACUUCUCUCAACCCAAUCACACUGCACCCAAGCCUUUAUUAAAGUGGCUCAAACCUGCGGAUGCUGAUGUCAAUACGACUUAUGAACUAUAAACUUUAAAAAUGUAAUCUUCACGACUACUGCAGUCAUUUCAGACAACACUAGGUCUGUUGUUCACAAAACAGUUGUAAACUAUAGGACUGAUCUUCGAUCAGACUCCUCUGUAUUUAUGAUGGUCACAACCAAAAAACUGAUUCUAGAUUGGCACACCUACUCCUGCACUAGUAUUUGAAUACAGAUCCUGGUGUCUAAAAAGGCAGUCCACAGUGAGUGGCUACACCGUGUGUUUUUGUUUAUUUUUAUAGAGCACGGUAAGUACUUCUAUGUUUUAAACUACAUGAACAAGUCUGCAAGACCUUAAUGAAGACCUCAAUAAAGGUUUAAAAAGGUGGUGAGAAGGUCUUGGGGUGUAUUUACGGAAAAGAUUUGGGUGACUAUUGUUUUCUUAAGUUUGUUAUCAAUCUUAGAUUUGCAGUUCCAGCUCUAAAUUAAGGAAGCAACAAAACUUGGAUAUGUCCCAAACAUGUCUUGGCUGCAUCUACAGUGAUUGGGAAAUCAUGGGAAUUUGAUUUUUUUUUUUAUGUAACUAUUCCUUUAAUCAUUAUGUCUGACAAAGCAUCUUUAUCUUCUUGAAUUUCAACUGAAACUGAGCAAUUGACUUCAUAGAGAAGAAAGAAAUGUCAGUUUUUGUUGUCAG